AUCAGAGAGAGAGAAAAAAAAAGGAAGGGAAAACCCGAAGUCCUCCUUCCCUGUCUCCCCACCGCCACAUCUCGCCGGCGGCGAUGGCGUCCGCCGCCCCGCGAUCGCGGCUCACGCCGCCGACGCCGGCCAUGCACCCCCACAGGAAGCGCGCGCGCUCUCCCCCGGCCUCGGGCUCGCUGGUGCGUUGCUCGUCCUCCGGAAACGGCGCGCCGCGCGACCACCGCCGCCGCUGGCAGAGCCCUGCCGCGGGCUCGCCUGGUCGCGUUUAUCAGCGGCACCGCGCGCAGCAGUACGGGGUGCCCUCCCGGAGGUGGGUCCUUGCGGAGGAAGCCUCGACCUCCGACGGAGAUGCGUGCACAAUCAUGUCAUACAACAUCUUGGCGGAUAACAAUGCACAUUACCAUCCUGACCUUUAUUUGGAUGUCCCUUGGGAUGCAAUGAGGUGGGAUUCGCGGAGGAGGCUUAUUAUUCGUGAAAUUAGACACUGGGAUCCUGACCUAGUGUGUCUACAGGAGGUGGAUAGAUUCCGAGACAUUGCUACAGAAAUGGAGAACAGGGGUUAUCAAAGUAGAUUUAAGGGCCGAACUGGUGAUGCUAAAGAUGGAUGUGCUACCUUUUGGAAGUCAAAAGGGUUACAUCUGCUUGAGGAAGACAGUAUUGAUUUUAGUGAAUACAACCUACGUAAUAAUGUUGCUCAAAUAUUUGUUUUUGAGCUUAAUAGAGCACAAAAGUUAGUAGUUGGGAAUAUUCAUGUCCUUUUUAAUCCAAAGAGGGGAGAUGUAAAACUGGGCCAGAUCCGCAUGCUACUGGAGAAGGCAAAUGCUCUUGCUGAAAAAUGGGGUGGAAUUCCUAUCGUGCUUGCUGGUGAUUUCAACAGCACACCUGAUAGUGCCAUCUACAAGUUCUUGUCAACAAUGAAGCUUGACAUUUCUUUGCAUGAUAGAAGGCAGUUGUCUGGACUUGAUAGCUCUGAGUUUGCUUUAUAUGAUCUUUGUAGUUCACUGAAGUACCAAUGGAGCGGCGAAGAAGUAAGAAAUGCAACUGGGUCUUCAAAUGUCAUGGUUGCUAAACAUCCAUUGAAUAUUUGUAGUUCGUAUGCUAUGUUAAAGGGAAACUCAAACAAUAGGGGUCAUCAUGGCGAACCCCUUGCAACUUCCUAUCACAAGAAGUUUCUUGGCACUGUUGAUUACCUGUGGUACACUGCAGGGCUUGAAUGCUCCAGAGUUUUAGAUACUCUGCCUGUGGGUUUUUUGAGGAGAACUAGGGGUCUUCCAACCAGGGAAAUUGGCAGUGACCAUUUGCCCAUUGUCGCUGAAUUUGUUUUCACGGAAUCAGCAGCUUCGACCGAUUCUGAUCAAGAAGAUGAAUCUGACGAAGACAAGGAAUCUGAGGAAGAAGCAACUAGAGGACAGCACAUAUAUUUCUCCUCAGAUAGUGACAGUUCAGAUGAAGUGGGUUAAUGAUUUAUUUGGUGGAAAGUAUUUAAUACAAAUGUUGAAGUAUGGGAAGCGAAGUGCAUAAAAAUGACACAUGCUCGUCAUGAUCGUGAGACAGCAGUUCUCUUGUAUUUAUACAGCGCCGUAUCCUUCAGUCUGCACACAAGGAAUUUUGCAGAAACCAUUAGUUGGUGAGGCGUUCUGCCAAUGCCUCACUCUGCAAGUGCGGAGGAGCUGAACCCUCAAUACUCGCAGGCAAUACUAAGUUAGCAUUUAAUGGAUACUAGCUAGUGCUGAACAAAAUAAGAAAAGAAACUUACUAGCAUUUAAUGGAUGUAUUUGUUCUUGCAUCACUAGAGCAAAGCAAGAACUUGUUGACUAACUAUUGUUAACUGUUAUGCUGUGGUAUGAUGGCUUGUACAUUGCGUACUGGAUGGAAUCAUUCCAGAAAUAUUACUGGCUUAUUUGACAUUGUUGAUUGAAAAUUUACCAGGAGAUAACAAAACAUUUUACCCCUA